AUGGUCCGGCGGGCGUGUGACAAUGGGGCAGGAGGCAGAGAUGAAGGUGAAGUUGAUCAGAGUGCUGGUGCUUCUUCAACAGAUGAUUUGACUCUUCAUUUUCAGAACAAGGCGGAGAAAGAACGUGUUCAAGGUUGCAAACGACCUUAUACGCAGCCACGUGAUCGCAGUCCUGGUCAAAAGCGUGGUCGGACAGCAACUUUGACGCGGUCUCCAUUGUCUUCACGCUUUUCAUUGGAUGGCAUUCUGACCAGCACUCCAGUUGAGCUUACAGAGAUCGGUUUGGAGACAGGAAUCCUCACAAAUGAAAGACAAGAGACAGUUUGCUCUUCUGGAAAACAGAACUCCCAGAAGCUCCCUCUUCGCUCCCUUUUUGGUGCUUUGUGGCUUUGGUGUUCCCCACUGAAUGUUUCGCCAGAUAAGGGAGGCUUGGUUCUUGGAGUGGACAACCGAGUCAUGCGGGGCUUGUUUGACCAAUUCCGAUCAUGGCUUUCACCAUUGGUGGACCAGCUCAACGACGAGUUGCUGAUCGGAGGGCAAGGCCAGGAUGUAGAAAUGGAUGAGAUCUGUUUCCGACCCAAAACGUUGGACAACUGUGUGCUCUGGGUGCGCUACUUCGCCAUGGUACGCAGAGGUGGUGGUGGUCCCAUCAGUGUGCAGGAGCUGGCAUCGGUCUUGCGUCGUGAUGAUGGUUCUUUUCGACUUGGCGCUGGUAGUGUUUGCCACACGGAUUCGGCCCGUGCGUACAAGCAGCUGGGCGUCGAGGAUGGCCCCCUUUUCGAUGGCUCCUUCUGCAACGCGAAGGGUAUUGAUGACGAUUGGGAGGUUGAGACGCGCAUCGGCGGCACGCAGAAGCUGGAUGGCUUUUUUGCCAGCUUCCGCCGAGACGUGGGGCGGCAGCCCUUCAACACUACUGGACCCACUCCAAGGCAAGCUGAUGCUUUGGAGGAGGGCCUCCAUCAUCGCGUUCGUGCCUUUCAGUGUAAGUUUUGGAUGUCCGGCAGCGACAUGUUUCAAGUCGUCGGCUCACUUCGAAAGAAGGAGCGUGACGACCCUGGGCGUGCUUCUUGGUCAACGCUAGCCGAAUAUUUGAAAGUCGCAGAGCAGUGCGAGCAGCCCAAAAAGCGGCUUGCUCCUGAUGCUGGGGUGGGAUUGUUGGCGGACAGUGAUAGGGAACUGGAUGCCGGCGAAUCCCAGUGCAGUUUGUUGUUCGACGAUGACGAGUGA